AUGGCGGUUUUUAAUGCAUCUCGCAAAUCGACCGAAGCGAUGCAUGCCCUGGAGGUGUUGCUAGCUAUGUUUUUCAAGAACUUCGAAGAUCUCCGCGGCAGGUACACAGGUUCCAACCUGAUUUCUUUCCAAGCCAUUGCUCCUAUAGUCCCCCUUGUCGAUAAUAGGAAGCCUUUCUCAAGGCGAUCCGUCUUCGUAGGUUUCAGCUUCAGCUACGCAACCGAUGUAUACACAGAUGCUGCUCUUGAUCAUUCAUCUUUACAUGGUAUAAAGGUGACUCGCUCCCACGACCAUAAGAACAGGUUGGAUAGCAUGCACGGCCGUUAA